UAUACUCAUAUAGCUGAUUAAAGUGAAAGAGAAAAGAAAGAAGCAAAUGGCAAACUUUCCAGUAGUUGACAUGGGGAAGCUUAACAACGAAGAGAGAGGAGCAACCAUGGAGAUGAUUAAAGAUGCCUGUGAGAACUGGGGUUUCUUUGAGUUGGUGAACCAUGGGAUAUCCAUUGAGUUGAUGGACACAGUGGAGAGGCUCACAAAAGAGGACUACAAGAAGCGUAGGGAGCAAAGGUUCAAAGAAAUGGUGGCCAGCAAAGGUCUUGAUUCUGUUGAGUCAGAAGUCGACGAGUUAGAUUGGGAAAGCACCUUCUUUUUGCGCCAUCGUCCAGUCUCUAACACUUCGGAGAUCCCUGAUCUUGAUGAAGAUUACAGGAAGGCAAUGAAGGAAUUUGCACAGGAAUUGGAGAAACUGGCAGAGCUACUUCUUGACUUGCUGUGUGAGAAUCUGGGGCUGGAGAAAGGGUACAUGAAGAAGGUCUUUUAUGGAUCAAAGGGCCCAAAUUUUGGCACCAAAGUUAGCAACUACCCUCCUUGUACCAAGCCUGAACUCAUCAAGGGCCUCAGAGCCCAUACAGAUGCUGGUGGUAUCAUCCUACUCUUCCAAGAUGACAAGGUCAGUGGACUGCAGCUCCUCAAGGAUGACCAGUGGAUUGAUGUCCCACCAAUGCCUCACUCCAUUGUCAUCAACCUUGGUGACCAACUUGAGGUCAUAACCAAUGGCAAGUACAAGAGCGUCAUGCACAGAGUACUUGCUCAAACAGAUGGUAAUAGAAUGUCUCUAGCCUCAUUCUACAACCCAGGCAAUGAUGCUGUCAUCUCUCCAGCACCAGCCUUGGUGAAGGAAGAUGAGACAAAUCAAGUCUACCCAAAAUUUGUUUUUGAUGAUUACAUGAAGCUCUAUGCUGGUCUCAAGUUCCAGGCCAAAGAGCCAAGAUUUGAAGCCAUGAAGGCCAUUUCCAACGUUAAUUUGGGCCCCAUAGCAACUGUCUGAGCCUGAGCUUAUGGAAGCAUUUGAUCCAUUAUGUGUGUUUCUGUUAAUGUGAUAAGGCUACUAAGCUUACCCAUUAGUGUUUGGUAUGGUAUGGAAGCUUAAGCAUGUGUAGUAUAAACCUUAUAGUUCAAAAUAAAGUAUUAGCUCGAUUAUAUAUAUUGUGUGUGUGAUCAAUUAUGUUGUCUGGUGUUUAUGUAAGUGCGAUGUACUGAGUUCUGUUUAUAAAGUAUCCUCAUCUUGC